AUGCAACAAUCUGUUGUCUUUUCUGAAUGAAAGCUGACAAUUCUCCUUACCAUAACAAAUGCAAAAAAAUAGUCCUUGUGUUAGAAAAGCUUGGUUUGGAAGCCAUUGCUCCUUCUUCUUCUUCGCUUUGUUCUUGUUGUAGUGCACCAACUCCUCUCAUUUUCAAAACCCACCUUCCUUUUCAUCUUCCCAUCAAAUCCUUUUCAUUUCUCACCGUGAUUCAUCACAAUGCCGUUUCCCUGAACCCGCCACAAAAAAAGAGAGAGAAAAAAAAUAGUUUUUAUAUUAAACAAAUCAAUGGGGGCGGCACCGUCGACGCCGUACACGGUUGAGUAUCUCGUCGGAACCUUCGUCGGUGACGACUCCUUACCUCUCUCCUCCGACUUCUGGCAAAAGCUUCUCGAGCUUCCUUUCGAUGCCCAAUUGCCCUCACAACAAGUUCAUGAAGCUUGCAAGUUAUUAGCAAAAAACAACUGUAAGACGAGACAUCUUGCUAAGAUUUUGUUUCAUUUAGCAUGCUACUUGCAGGAAUUCAUGUCUACUUCUGGUGUGCCACCGUUGGAUCAUGAAAAGGCUGUUAAUGCAGUUUGCUUCACUUCAGUGUUCCUAAAACACUUGAUUGAAAGUGCCCAAGAUGGUGUUGUUGAGUUGUACCUGUCUCUCCAUGAUAACGACUCAAUACCAAAAAGUAUUUUGGGAGAUCAGACCAUUGAAAUUCUUGUUAUGAGGAAUGUGCUUAACUUUAUUGCAUCUGUAGAUUUGAGUCCCAAUACAUAUUUCCUACAUCUGGAGCUGCUUAAUUUUACGAUUAUUGCAAUGUCAACUCAGCUUCUGUGUGGGCCAUCUCCUAGAUUGAAUGAUGUGAACCCAUUUCUUGAUGCAGCAAUGGCUCUGGAUGGUCAUCUGGUUAGUUCAGUUGUGUGCAAACUGCUUUUAAAUUACAUUAGCCGACCUCGUGUUCCUUUUAAUAGAGCUUCUUAUCCCAUAUUUUAUGAUGGAAGUGAGAGUAGCAUGCUAAAGAGAGUUGGUUCUGCAGCUGCAAAUAUUGUUUUAUUGCCAUUCAGUUAUUUGAUCAGUUCAAGCAGUGAAGGUUCAAGAGAUCCAAUAGCAGAUAGCAGUCUUCAUGUGCUUCUUGUUCUAAUUCAUCAUCAUAAAUGUCUUGUGAGUGAGGGAUAUUCUGUUAUAGAGAAUCAAGUAUCUGCUUCUUCAGAUUCUUUACCUAAAGAGGACACAUAUUUUUCAGACAACCCUUACUGCAAGGCCUUAGAGCAUGCAACUAAUGGUGAAUUGGAUCGUGUAGAAUUUGAGGAUAAUGCACAUAAUGACCAGCAUGUAAAGUUACCUUUUUCACCAUUGUUUGAUACCCUUGGCAUGUGCUUAGCUGAUGAAACGGCUGUCUUACUUCUGUACUCAUUGUUGCAAGGGAAUUCCACCUUUCUGGAGUAUGUCUUGGUCCGGACUGAUUUGGAUACAUUGUUAAUGCCCAUUCUAGAAGCAUUAUAUGAUGCUCGAAGGAGAACAGCCAAUCAAAUUUACAUGUUGUUGAUUAUACUUCUCAUACUUAGUCAAGAUUCUUCUUUCAAUGCGGGAGUUCAUAAGCUGAUACUACCGACGGUUCCAUGGUACAAAGAACGACUCCUCCUCCAGUCUUCUCUUGGUUCCCUCAUGGUCAUCAUUCUUAUCAGAACUGUACAGUAUAAUUUGUCUAAACUCCGGGAUGUAUAUCUUCAUACAACGUGUCUGGCAACAUUGGCAAACAUGGCACCUCAUGUCCACCAUUUGAGUCCGUAUGCAUCUCAGAGGCUAGUCAGCCUCUUUCACAUGCUAUCAAGGAAGUAUAACAAAUUAUCUGAUCCCAGAGAUAAGAAGCUCAAUGAUGCAGAAAACAACUCAAUUGAAAUAAGUAGCUUUGUAGAUAUGUCAGCGGAGUUGCACAUAUAUACUGAUUUCUUGAGGCUUGUACUAGAAAUUAUAAAUGCAAUUCUGACUUAUGCAUUGCCUAGAAAUCCUGAGGUGGUGUAUGCGAUAAUGCACAAGCAGGAUGUCUUUCAGCCGUUCAAGAACCAUCCCCGCUUCAGUGAGCUCAUUGAAAACAUCUAUACUGUGUUAGAAUUUUUUAACAGUCGCAUGGAUGCCCAAAGAAUGGAUGGUGGAUGGUCAGUCAAUGAAGUACUCCAAGUGGUAAUUGUAAACUGUCGAUCUUGGCGUGUUGAUGGGAUGAAGAUGUUUACUCAACUGCACUUCACGUAUGAACAAGAGAGUCACCCAGAGGAGUUCUUCAUCCCAUGGCUAGUACUCUCCAAAUGUGAAUUUGAAUUCAAUGCAACAACUAUAAAUUUGUUUCCAGCUGAUAUACCUACCAAAAAACUUGACAAUGAGGUGGAAGGAAAUACAUUCCAAAGCAGUGACUUUGACCAAGUCUGAGUAUCAGCUUGAUCCGUUGCCAAGUACUCCAAUUCUGUUUGUGAAUAUUUGUAUAGAUAAAUUAGUUACAAAAAUGUAAUGUUCUCAUUCUUUUCUGUUCAUAAAUUUUGAGUGUAAUUGUUCACUCCUGAAGAUGAAAGUGGUUUGAGAUAUCCAUGUAAUGAAUAAAUGAUGAUGCUAACAUGUCAUCCAUGUUAUGUCAGUUUAUACAAGUUUGCCAUCAC